AUGAAAUUUGUCAUUGAAAUUGUCAAUUUCAUACGCUUAAAUGGGAAAACGCACCGACAGUUCAGAAAUUUUAUUGAAGAACUAGAGCUUGAAGAUAAACUUAGUGAUGUCUCUUUCUACUGCAUUGUGAGGUGGCUGUCAACCAGCAAUGUCUUGAGUAGGAUAGUAAAUAUAUUCCCUGAUAUUGAAAUAAAAGACUACAAAGUAGAAGAACACAAAGAUAAAUUACAAGGACUGCUUGAUAAUUUCCUACCCAGGUUCCAUGACUUGCGGAAGUUGAAGCCCUGCUUCGCCUUUCUUGUAAAUCCAUUUAUGAUUGACGUGGUUAAUGGAUGUCCAAUUUUGGAACCUCUGGUUACGAAAUCAUUUGCUUUGAAAAUGGAAGUAAUGGAAUUACAGGAGGACUUGGGUCUAAAGAUGAUCCAUAAAUCCCAGCCUUCAACUGAGUUCUGGAAACAAGUUCCACAAAUAAAAUAUCCUAAACUGAAGAAAACUGGUGUGCGACUCAUCUCAAUUUUCAGCACAACAUACUGUUGUGAAUCACUGUACUCUGUAAUGAAAUUUGUGAAGUCGAAGCACCGUGCAAUCUUUACAAACCAACACCUGACGUAUCUAAUUCGUAUAGCUUUGACAACAUAG